AUAAAUUCACAAUGCCAAUUACGAGUAAAAUUUGUACAUAAUAUUUGUAGAUGAUAUCUAUCAGGAGUUGCUUGACUUCGAAGAAAGAUACCACAAAGGAUCAGAGAAAUAUGAUGUUAUAUAAAAAUUGAUUGAUUUGUAUGCUGUGUUAAUCGAACAUUAUGACAGCAUCUAAGUAAAUAAUUGAAUGAUUGUAGGAUCCAGUUGGAUAUUAUUUUAAUGAGAAACUGUAAUCGUUGUUUGCUUGUCAAAGAGCCCUGAAGAGCAUUCGUAAAACCAAUCAAGACUUGCCUCCAUCGAUACCUAGUCACACAUAAAGUUUAAUAAUAUAAGAGACUAGCAAUAUUCAGAACAGUUAAGAAAGUGCUAAAGCUAAGGUAUGAAAAAUGAUCUUAUAUCAAGUAAACCAUAGGUGUUGAACACAAAAAGAGAGAACGCUAGACAAAGGCAAAGAUUGCAAUGGAAAUAUAAGACAAGAUUGAAUGCAGCUAGAAUGAUUUGUAGCAUCUAAUAAGUGGAUAUUAAAAAGCAUCUGAUUAAACAUAAAAAGUGAUUGAAGAGGAUCUUAAGCGAUAAGAUGAAUUGUUUAUGUAGAGAAGACUCAAAAGAGAAAGUAUAAUUCCAUAUUGAUAAAAGAAACAAAUUUAAUGAGAAAAUCCAGUAGAAUGUGUUCGACCAAAUGCAGUACUGAAAGAUUGGAUCUAUUUGAAAGUUGUAUUGAAUUUUCAAGCGGAGGAGUGGAUUAGAUUUAGGAGAUUAAUAAUGCUCGAUUGAUGCUACUUCUUAAAGAAUAAUCUGGCAAAAUUAGUUCUGAAAAGACAAAUCCCAUAGCACCAGAAUAAGUGGAGGAAGUGUAACCUUUUGAAGAGAUACAAAUAGAAGAGAUGGAUGAAACAGAAAAUAUCAUCAUACCACCCAGAAGAUAAAUAAGAGAAUCAUCUUCAGAAGAUAUUACAGAUUCUCCACCACAACCAAGACGAAAAAUAUAAUAAUUUGGAAUGAUGGAUAACAAUGGUGAUAUGUUAAUCGAAGAUGAAUAGAACUUAAUCAGUGAUUUAAAUAUCGAGUUAAAUUGAACUUGAUGUCUUGAAUUAAUAUAUUUGCAUUUGCAUUAUGAU